GCGCCGCCAUGCCGAAAGAUCAGCCCAUGCCGACCCCGGCCCGCCAGCCCCGCUCCGACGCCGCCUCGCGCGAGUCCGACCUGCCCGACAACGCCGUCGAGGUGAUCGGCCUGGGCAAGACCUACCGGGGCGCCGGCAAGGCCGGGCCGAAGCGCGCGCUGCAGGACGUCAGCUUGGAGAUCCCGCGCGGCAGCCUGUUCGGCCUGCUGGGCCCCAACGGCGCCGGCAAGUCGACGCUGAUCAACAUCCUGGCCGGCCUGGUGACCAAGACCGAGGGCACGGCGCGGAUCUGGGGCUACGACAUCGACCGGCAGACGCGCCACGCGCGCGCCGCCAUCGGCGUGGUGCCGCAGGAGCUCAACAUCGACCCCUUCUUCACGCCGCGCGAGCUGCUGGAGCUGCAGGCCGGGCUCUACGGCGUGCCGCCGCGCGAACGGCGCACCAUGGAGAUCCUCGACAUCCUGGGGCUGGCGGACAAGGCGCAGGCCUACACCCGCACCCUGUCGGGCGGCAUGCGCCGGCGCCUGAUGGUCGCCAAGGCGAUGGUGCACAACCCGCCGGUGCUGGUGCUCGACGAGCCGACCGCCGGCGUCGACAUCGAGCUGCGCCAGCAGCUCUGGAGCCGGGUGCGCGACCUCAACGCGCUGGGCACCACCAUCCUGCUGACCACCCACUACCUGGAGGAGGCGGAGGAGCUCUGCGACACCAUCGCCAUCAUCAACCAUGGCCGGGUGAUCGCCUGCGAGCCGACGCGCCGCCUGCUGCGCCGCCUCGACAGCAAGGAGCUGCAGGUGCACCUCGGCACGCCGAUCGAGGCGGUGCCGGCGGUGCUGGAGCCCUUCCAGCCGGAGCUGGUCGGCGGCGACCACCUGGUCUUCCGCUACCGCACCAGCCAGAGCCCCGUGGCCGACAUCCUCGACGCCCUGGCGCAGGCCCACCUGCAGGUGCAGGACAUCCGCACCGAGGAGGCGGACCUGGAGGACAUCUUUCUGCAGCUCACCCGCGGCGCCCACAGCCAGACCGGCGCGACCAGCCAGGGCGGCGGCGCCCCGAGUGGUGCCCCGAGUGGUCCCCCGGGCGGCGCCCCGCCCGGGCCCGGCCCGACCGAGCCGCGUCUGGAGCUGGCCGACGCGCAGACCGGGCGCUUCGUCACUGCCGACGGCCUGGCGCUGCCGCUGCGAAGCUGGCAACCCAACCCCCAUGCGCCGACGGCGGUGCUGCUGGCGCUGCACGGCUUCAACGACUACGGCGGCGCCUGGCGCACGCCGGCGCCGGCCUGGGCGGAGCAGGGCAUCGCG